AUGAACCGCAAGAUCAGGCGAGUACCAUUCCCACUUUGGGAGGCGGUAGAAGCUGAACUUGACAAGCAGGUUAGUGAAGGAUUGUUGGAUAAAGUGGAUAAGAGCGAAUGGGCCUCACCAAUAGUCGUGGUACAAAAAGCGGAAGGCAAAGUGCGAAUCUGUGGCGACUAUAACCUUACGUUGAAUCCUGCACUACGCAUUGACGAACACCCACUACCAAAAAUAGACGAACUUUUCAGGAAUACGGCAGGAGUCACAAAGUUCAAAAAAAUUGACCUGUCAAAGGCGUAUUUACAAUUGGAAAUUCAUGCGGACGAUCGGCCCCUGCUAACAUUGAGCACCCAUCGGGGCAUAUACCAACCUACAAGGAUGAUGUUCGGCAUUUUUUGCGCUCCAGCGGUUUGGCAAAGGUUUAUGGAGAACUUGGUGGGAGACAUUCCUGGAGUUACUGUUUUUCUCGAUGACAUCAAACUUGCUGCACCCGACGAUGCAACACACCUUCAACGAUUGGAAGAAAUCUUAGGCCGUCUAGAUAAUCACAAUAUGAGAGUCAACCUUGAAAAAUCACCCGCGAUGAAUAUGUUUGAUCGGCAGAUCCAAUCCAAGUUAGAACUAUUGCUCCCAAGUAACAGAAGAAGCGACCAAGAACGCCCACCUAAGAAGCAAUUCCUCGUAGGAGACAAAGUUGCAGUUCGCGAUUAUUUAUCGAGCGCUAAGCGGCAAUUCGGAUUAGUCAAAGAGUUACUGGGUAGUUUACAAUACUACAUUCGUUUAGACGACGGUAGAACGUGGAAGAGGCAUGCGGACCAAAUGAGAAAAGUAUGCGAAAGAGUGAUCCAUUCAAAGAAAAUGCCAGAAGAGCCGGGAGAAGCAGAUCAAAGGAAAGAUGACCAGAUAACGCUGUACGAGGCAACAUCAUUUAAGCCCUCAGCGAGCCUAGCAGAUCAAUCCAUAGCCGACAAACCUACCAUAGCCCGCGAGACGAAUGAUUUUCCACAGCGUCUGACGACAACGGAAAGUGAGACGAAUAAUACAGGCGACACCACUAUUCGAAGAUCCACACGUAACGGGAAGGUACCGGAACGAUAUAAAGACUUCUUGACAUAG